AUGUUAAAUUCCGGCAUUCCUGGGAGGAAGGGUUUUGGUGGAGCUGAUGACAUUCAUCCCGGGCUUCUUAACUGGGCCAUCAAGCUUAAUCUCCUGCACUAUCAGGGCCUUGCCCUGAGGCGCAUACCCAUCUUCCGGCAUGUUGCCAGCUCUCCGGCUCUGUCGCAUGGCAUUCACAUUGUCCAGCAAGUGGCUGGCCCGGAUCCCAAACCCUCGCACCAUGGCAUCAACGUUGAUCUUGUCAGUGUACCCACGGUCGCCCUCGCACGUGCGCUCCAACUCACUCCUCACCCGAGCCUGAAUUAUAGCCAUUUCCGAUUCCGCAAACUCGUCAUCAUUGGACUUGGAACUGUCCGUGGCAUCAUCGUCGACAGCGUCGUCCCUGUCACACGGAUCUGCCAACCCGAGCCUCUCCAGAUGCAACCUUCGCAGCAUUUUCCCACAAAAUUUCAAACUGAAAUCAUCAGUGUACCUGUCAGCAUUAACAAGCCUCCUGUGGGUGACCCAAAUCCCAAUGAUAUCUACAAGGACUUGACACAUCAUGAGCCUCAAUUGGACGGUAAUUCAAGGCUUCUUUACAAGAACCUUGGAAUUCUCAGAUAUUAUAUUCAAGACCCAGAAAAGGCAGACUAUCUGAUUGUGGACAAAGAUAGCAGAGUGCCAAAUGAGGUCUCCAACAAGGAUGUGGCAGCUGCAGGGCCUAUUGGUCUCCCACCAGCCCCAAGGAGACAGCAUUCCAGACCAAGAAACCCCCAGGGCCUGAUAUGAAAGCCAAGUGCUGUUUUGCCAUCAACAGAAAGCAAAACUUUGUUGAUUGCUCCUUUCUAUAUGUAUAUACACUUCUUU